UCACUCAUAUCCGGGCGCGAGGAGAGUCACUUCCGGCCAUCGAGUCGCUCAGCAGCGCCGUUUCUUUCACCGAGCGCCGGAGCGGCCUGGUCUGAGGCCUCCGCACCGAGCUCAAUUUUUUUCCUCUCCCCGUUGCCGGGGUUCCGCUCUGUGGUCCCGGCCGGCCGGCCUGACGCCCCCGCUCCGCCGCCAUGAAGCUCGUGAGGUUUCUAAUGAAAUUGAGUCAUGAGACUGUGACCAUUGAACUGAAGAAUGGAACACAGGUGCAUGGAACAAUCACUGGAGUGGAUGUCAGUAUGAAUACGCAUCUUAAAGCUGUGAAAAUGACACUGAAGAACAGAGAGCCUGUACAGUUGGAGACAUUGAGUAUUCGGGGAAAUAAUAUUCGAUACUUCAUUCUGCCAGACAGUUUGCCUCUGGAUACCUUGCUAGUGGAUGUUGAACCAAAAGUCAAAUCCAAGAAAAGGGAAGCAGUUGCAGGAAGAGGCCGUGGCAGAGGUCGGGGCAGAGGCCGUGGCCGUGGCAGAGGAAGAGGGGGACCUAGGCGAUAACUUCUCUCACACCACAGAUACAUGUUACAAAAUUCUAAGCAGUCUGAUAUUUUUUGUACAGGUUUUGUUUACAAUGUCGAUUUUUAAUAAACACAAAUGUGGAAAAGUUG